GAAGGAAACAUAAAUAGUGUCUCCAAGAACAGUUUACCCCCCGGCCUUAUCUACUUCAGUUCCUUUCACAACCCACUCACUAACCUUUCUGAAGACGCCUUUGACGCAUCAGCAGGAACUCUACAGUUUGUAUCCCUUUCUGAAUCUCAGUUCACAGGAAUACCAACAGCUCUACAGAAAUUGGCCUCAUUAACUCAGCUAGCUAUCAGGGACACUCUGAUUGAACAGUGGGAUCCUGCAAUAGUUAAACAGCUAGCUACCACACUUAAGGAGCUGGAACUCAGAAAUGUGAGUUUAUCUGCAUGGCCAAGCUGGAUUUCUGACUUCCGUUUGCUACACAAACUCGACCUCAGCUGGAACUCUCUGAGAUUUAUCCCUGACGACGCAUUCAGCUCCGUAAAAGACUCCCUGGUAAUUUUAGACCUCAGAGGAAAUGGUCUGACUCACGUACCUUAUGCACUGUCCAUACUCUCAAAUCUGAGCAGACUGCACUUAAGUUACAGCAAUUUUACAAAUGUACCAGCACUUGAAUUUAUAACAGAGACUCAGAUUGCUCAGAAACUUAGCUACUUAGAUUUAGACUCAUCUGGGCUGACAAGAAUAGCAAACUUUUCAGUCUUGACAAGUCUAGACACACUUAGCUUAUCUGGCAACAGAAUAUCACAGGUUCCCCCUGUCUCACUUCCAGCAUCUCUAUCAGUGUUGUAUCUCUCAGACAAUUUUCUUUCAUUUGUGCCUGCAGACAUUGCCAGGAUGUCAAAUCUGUCUUUUUUAGCCUUGUCUGGCAAUCUAAUCACAUGGAUUGAGCCAAAUGUCUUUCCGCCAAGUCUAACAUACUUACAACUGAGCUACAACAAUUUAACUACAAUUACAAAUGCAACUUUUGCAAACCUCAGUCUGUUAAUGGAUUUAUAUUUGGAUGCCAAUCCAAUCUCAGAACUGUGCCUUGCAGCAUUCUCAGAACUCGUAUCGCUAAAAUACCUUUCCAUGGUAGAUUCACAACUGACAGAAAUCCCUCUAGCGUUCACACAUUUGAGCACAGAAGUUCAUUUAUACUGGACCACGAACCAGCCAUUGACUUGUCCUUGUCCAGCGUCCCAAGAACUCAUUCAAUGGUUUACGUCACGUGCGUUUGCUGAGUAUAUUCAGGUCAAGUGCAACAGUGAACAGUCGAUUCGCUCUUAUCUGAGUGAUCAGUGUGGGAGAGCAUCAACCGCUUCUUAA